AGAAAUGCAAUGCGGAAGCGCAGGAUCCUGACUUUGCUUGCAGUUGUGUUAGAGAGGGGGUUGCACGGAGGGAGCCUGAAACAAGGAUAUAUCUGGGGGAUCUGAGGGAGAACCACCAGAAGUAUCAAUGAAAAAAGCUGAGAAGCAGGUGCAGGAACAGAAACUGAGGAGUCACGAUGGAGAAAAGAGACAAGAGGAGAGACAAACUCAUACAGGGGACAAACCUUAUAAGUGCUUGGAGUGUGGAAAGAGCUUCAGUUGGAGUGACACCCUUACAUCGCAUCACAGAACUCACACAGGGGACAAACCUUAUAAAUGCUUGGAGUGUGGAAAGAGCUUCAGUCAGAGUAGCACCCUUACAUCGCAUCAAAGAACUCAUACAGGGGACAAACCUUAUACAUGCUUGGAGUGUGGAAAGAGCUUUGGUCAGAGUGGUACCCUUAGUAAACAUAAAACAACUCAUGCAAGGGACAAACCUUACAAAUGUUUGGAGUGCGGAAAGAGCUUCAGUUGCAGUGACACCCUCAGGCAGCAUGAAAGAACUCAUACAGGGAAUAAACCUUAUAAAUGCUUGGAGUGUGGAAGGAGGUUCAGCUGGAGUAGCAGCUUUAUUCAACAUAAAAAAACUCAUACUGGGGACAAACCUUAUAAAUGCUUGGAGUGUGGAAAGAGCUUCAGUCAGAGUGCCCACCUUACUUCGCAUCACAGAACUCAUACAGGGGACAAACCUUAUAAAUGCUUCGAGUGUGGAAAGAGCUUCAGUGAGAGUAGCAGCCUUACUUUACAUCACAGAACUCACACAGGGGACAAACCUUAUCAAUGCUUGGAGUGUGGAAAGAGCUUCAGGACAGGCAGCCGCCUUUCUUUGCAUCACAGAACUCAUACAGGGGACAAACCUUAUAAAUGCUUGGAGAGUUGAAAGAGCUUUUGUCAGAAUGGCCAUUUUCAGGCACAUCAAAAGAUCCAUACAAUGGAAGAGCCAUAUAAAUGCUUUGAAUGUGGAAAAAGCUUUCAGCGGAGUUCCACUCUUUCUGUUCAUCAAAGGAUCCAUACAAGGAUUUUCUAGGCUCGGUAUACUGCAGGUAGAUUGGGGCCUCUGCUGCACUCCCCAAAGACACACAUUUGCAUAAAAUGUGCAUAUACUUUAUGUCAAAUGUAAAUUUGUAGCCUCUUUUGUGUUUUUAAAUUUUUGUGUGUGUUUUAAACAUUUGUAUAUUUGUUUUUUAUUGUUUUUAAUCACUGUAAACCGCCCAGAGAGCUUCGGCUAUGGGGCGGUAUAUAAAUGUAAUAAAUAAAUAAUGGUGGAGGAGAUGGACUGCUCCUCUGCCAGUUUGGGCAGGAGAUUCUCCCUUUGGUCGCUCCUCUGCCAGUCAGCUUCUUAGAAGGCAAUAGUUGUACCUAGCCUACUGACAGUCUACGUGCCUGCAGCUCCUUUCUGACUGCAGAGGAUGGCGCUUCUUCUCAGGAUGUAAACUGGUUACUAGCCCUCUUGAGACCACUAAAGCAUUU